GUAAACCAAAAUAAAAGGGCAGGUCAACCGCUGGGACUCGAACUCUGCAGGUUGUUGGAUAAAUCUUGAACCUUGACGCGUGAUCGUCUCCGGGGCAGGAUGACGUUCCCCUCCGCCUUCGGCUCGCAGCUCGCCGCCAUCAUGGACGUGUUGGCGAAAGCUGCGGUGGCCGAGAUCUCGAAGCUGGUGGAGGACGGGACGGUGGUGCUGCGGCUGGAGAUGUGUCGGAGGGACGUGGAGAUCCAGGAGCUGAAGAGGAGCCUGAAGCUGAUGGAGGUGGAGCUGUGCAAAGCUCGGGAAGCGGUCGAGACCCGAACCACAGAGGAGGAGCAGGAGGAGGAGGAGGAGCAGGAGGAGCAGGCAGCCCGGACCCAGGUCCCCUCGACAGAUGAAAAAGAGGAUGAGCAAACACGCGCAGGGUAUCUGGAACCAAAGACGGCUGAUUCACUCUGCAGGCAUCGGCAUUGCAACCAAGACGGUGACGACAUGAGGCCGGCGGUGAAACACGAGCCAGCGGGGGAGCUCGUGAUCCAGGAAGCAACAGACAACACUGCAACAGUGGCGACUAACGUUUGCUUUGAGGCGGGAGAGGGAAGUGACUCGAUCUGGCCUCCUGCAGCUGGUGGCAUGUUCGAGAAAAGCUCUGUAGCCAAGCAGCAGCACGUGCAGAUGUUCCCCUCUCACGCUGAGCAAUUUUCUGUUCACAGAAACACAGAAAGUUCCUUCAACUCUCCAACAGCAACACAGGAAGAUGAUUUGACAAAUGUGCCGAUAAAAGUAGAGACAGAGAUUCAACCUGUGUGCUCAGCGGGCAUCACUUCACAGUCUGUGGGUAAUGAACCAUUGAGACGGGUCUCCCACCCGGCAGCCGGAGAGAACCAGUGUCUGCAGUCUCCUCCGCAACAGGCUGGGCGCUCACCCGCUGUCCCUCCUGUGCCGAGGUCGGCCGCAGCCACAGAAGAUCACAUCCUCAGUAGAAACAACCUGAGAACAAAAAGACUCAUGCACGUGUGGAGAGGGAAUCAGAAACUCUUCAUCUGCUCCGUGUGCAACAAGGGUUUCCCCCGCUUGUCCCAGCUGGAGGAGCACAAGGCCACUCACCAGCUCUUCAAACCUUUCCGGUGCCUGGAAUGUGGGAAGUCUUUCACCCAGAAGACCCGGCUGAAGACGCACCAGAGCGUGCACACGGGCGAGCGGCCGUUCAGCUGCACAAUCUGCGGCAAGAUGUUCUCCAGGCAGGACAACUGCACGAGACACGAGCGCUUCCACAGCGGCCUGAAGCCGUACAGCUGUGGGCAGUGUGGGAAAAGCUUCACGGUGCUGGGCAACCUCAAAAUCCAUCAGGAGAUUCACCUGCAGGGAAGAUAGCUCCCAGUGACUCUCUGAGACUGAAGAGGAUUUCAUUUAUCUUUCCAGUGCACUUUUUGUUUUAUAAUAUCAUAUAUAUAUAUUUAUUUGAGAUUUUAACUGUUUUCUAUGUAAAGAUGUCGUGGAGGAACUGCAUCCUGAGCUGAUAAUGAAGUUGUUUUUCUUUCUCUU